AGUCGAAUAUCGAACGUCCAACAUCAAACCAACUUUAUUCCAGUCGAAUAUCGAACGUGCAACGUCAAACCAGCUUUAUUCCAGUCCUCUAGUGUGCACUUUGCAUUGUGUUUUGUAUAAUGUCCAGCUGCACUGUUAUCUCGCCGGUUCGAAAUUUACGGCUUUCUGAUUGGCUACUCUCCCGAGUCCGUUAGGACCCGCCCCUCCCCUUUGCACGCGGAAGCCCCGCCCUCUUUCCCAUCAUGGCUCCUGCGGCGGACAGGCAGGGUUUCUGGGGUGCUCCGACUUCAACGUUGGACUGGUGCGAAGAGAACUAUGUCGUCUCGUUUUAUAUCGCGGAAUUCUGGAACACAGUCAGUAACCUGAUAAUGAUCCUUCCUCCCAUUUACGGGGCGUUACAAACGCUUAAGAACGGACUCGAGGUCCGCUACGUGUUGUCCUUUUUAGGACUUGCGGCUGUUGGCGUUGGUUCUUGGUGCUUCCACAUGACACUACAGUAUGAAAUGCAGUUGCUAGACGAGCUGCCGAUGAUCUACAGCUGCUGUGUCUUUGUGUACUGCUUAUAUGAAUGCUUCAAGCAAGACAGCGCAGUUAACUAUUUGCCAGUUGCACUCCUCCUCUUCUUCAGUAUUAUAGUCAGUGUGGUGUAUUUGCUGUGGAAGGAGCCCGUAUUUCAUCAGGUCAUGUAUGCGGUGCUGGUGGCUUUCUUAGUGUUCCGGUCUGUUUUCAUUGUCACAUGGGUGUAUCCGUGGCUGAGAGCGCUGUGCUACACGUCAUUAUCCGUCUUCCUGUUGGGAUUUGUUUUAUGGAACGUUGAUAAUAUAGCCUGCGACUCUUUAAGAGCCACGCGACAGAAGCUGCCUCCUGUAGUCGGAGCAGUGACACAGCUCCACGCGUGGUGGCACAUUCUGACGGGACUCGGCUCCUACCUGCACAUACUCCUCAGCCUCCAGAUUCGGACAACCUACCUCAAGUACAGACCGAAAGUAAAGUUUCUGUGCGGCGUUUGGCCCGUGCUAUGCGUCGAGUCCCAGAAGACGAGUUGAAGGCGCGGUGACGGGGUGAACACGGCGGCGGAUCACACGGCUCCGACGCCCAGUGAAGCCCAGCCGCUCGCCUCCAGCCCAGUCGGGGACGUGAGCAGCAGCCGGACGUACCCACGAUCCCCUACUUCACUUUGCUGAGUAUAGCUUGGAGAGACUUUCCCUGCUGCGGAAAAAAGGCUCCGGUUGUGUCAGACCUUUGUGGAAGGAGACUGCACACACUUUAUUUUUGCACACCGCUGCCGUACGUUACCAUUCGCUGCAACAUACACUCUCUCUCUCUCUCUCUCUCUCUCUCAUAUGAGAGACUAACCCUACUUUCACACUAGCAAGCGACAAACCAGUGGCCGACUAUUUUCUACAUACCAAUGCAUAUACAGACAUCACGCAUAAAAUCCAGCUUGUAACGUUCCUAGUGCACUUAGCUCGCUUUGCUAAUCUACUACAAAGCUUAUCAUGUAACAUGUAACUCAAACUUCAAAACAUUUCAAACAAAAGCGAUGAUUUAUUUUGGCAUCUUAUUGUUUCUCGUCAGGACUAAAGAGGCUUGUUGCUUGCUAGCGUGAACCUAGAAUCAGUGUGUAGCGGAUAGAGACGUCGGUGUGUGACUUUAUUAUUUUUUUUUUAAAUUUAUUUAUUUUUUCAAAAAUAUCUACCUAGGAAUGAUGUAAAAACCUGAUCCUGAUCGACAUUGAUUACGAACCAUAUCUAAUCGUUAUCCGCCUAAUCACUAAUAUCUGUUUCGGAUCAAUUCAGCUGAUAUCACUGCAUCAUCGUCAAUGUGUGUCGCUAUUUUAAAAAAAAAAAAAAAAAGAUUUGCUUGUUUUUUUUUUAAAAGGGUCAAAGUGAACGGGGCUUGAGAUUGGGGAUAGCUUGAUGGUAAUCAUAUGGAAAAGAAAUCAGAUUGAAAUCUGGAAAUCAACUGGAAUUGAUUGAUGUAUUUUUUUUUUUUUGGGGUUAUUUAUUAUUUUAAAAAACGAAACAAAAUUAGCCUGUUUCUUAUGUGUACUGGAUCCGCAUCUUUGAAGGACGUGACUGAAUGCAUUAAUUUCACAUUGUGCUACUGUGCAGAAAUACUGUAAACUACAUUGGUAGUGUUUCAUGUGUUUACUGAAUGUAAGGGCUUUUGUUUUAUUUCAAUAUUAAGGAUGCAUCGAUACCGAUAUCAGUCAGAGAUAAAUUAUGCGUAAAAAAAUCAGCCCACGCGGUGGUUUAAAAUGAGCGCGUUGGAAGAUACUCACUUCAUUUCUGCGAGCACGGAGACACGCCCCCUUUUCCCUCGCUCAAGGUGCGGUUUACAGCACUCGGUGAUUUUGAAUCACCACGCGUUCAUGGAAUGAUUUAAAACGCCAUCGCAUCCUCAAACUUUAAACUCAAAAAAAAAAAAAACGAAAUAAAAGGUAUCGAUGCAUCCCUAAUUUCAGCCUAUGAUGUUUUUUUGUUUCUAACCUGUGAUGGCAUUCAUUUUUCUGUAGUUAUUAUUAUUAUUAUUAUGUUUAAUUUAUAUACACGUAUAAAUGAAAGGUUUUUGUCCUC